UCCGCUGCGACGCGGGCUGCGCUCUCUCGCACUUGGUAUUAAAGACGCACGCGGGCCGCGGUUGCCAUGGCUUCUCCGCGCGGGGGCGGCGAGAAGCCAUCCUGCUAGGCGUUGGCGGGUUUCGGCGGCCACCCCGGACCGGAAGGCGGAAGGAAUUCUGCGCGGCCCCAGCUCCCAACCUCCCUCAUUAGUAGUAGUCACUAAAGCAGCCUUGGUGGAGAUGUUUGUUGAACUACGGAAGGGAAGCUCUACCGUCUCUGAAACAAGCAUCCAGUCCGUGUGGCAGAAUGGCGCUGAGCCACUCAUUGAAAGAGCGGACCAUCUCAGAAAACAGCCUGAUCAUCCUGCUGCAGGGCCUGCAGGGCCAAGUAACCACUGUGGACCUGCGGGAUGAGAGUGUGGCCCGUGGACGCAUUGAUAAUGUUGAUGCUUUUAUGAACAUCCGACUGGCCAGGGUCACCUACACAGACCGUUGGGGACAUCAGGUUGAGCUGGAUGACCUUUUUGUGACAGGCCGCAAUGUGCGGUACGUUCAUAUCCCAGAUGACGUCAACAUCACCGCGACCAUUGAGCAUCAGCUACAGAUCAUCCAUCGUGUGCGCAACUUUGGUGGCAAAGGCCAAGGCCGGCAAGAAUUUCCCUCAAAAAAACUUAAGUGAAGCUGGUUGCCGGUUGGCUACUCAGGAGGCUGAGAUCUGAGGAUUGCGGUUUGAAGCCAGCCCAAGCAGAAAAGUCCCUGUAAGGCUCUUAUCUCCA